UAAUGACACGUAUGACCUGAAGCAAUGGGAUCUUUAUUACAUAAGACUCCCUCAAGACAUUACACGUGGACACACACCUGGCUGUGAGUGAGUGUGUAGCCUGUCAGUUGUCUAUGACAGUGAGAGGUCUAACUGGAGAUCUUUAGGAUAGAAGUUUGACCGUUUGGAUCAUGAUGAGAGCGAAGCAUGAUUGCUGAAGAGUUUGCUGUGGUUUAUUUAUAGGCUCUGCAUCAGCAGCAGUCACAAUGCUGCAAAUGAUGCCCUUCAGAGAGAAAGAUGCAUGUGACAAGUGAGGAUGGACUACAGCGGUCCAGUGAGGUCUAGAUUCAAUCAGACGUGAAUUUCACCCUCUACUGAACGCGGAGGAAACCGCGCAGCAACAGCUCGCACGACAACAGGAGAUUUAACGCUGUCACAAAGAGGCUGAAAGACGGAAGAAGCGGCGAAAUCGAGAAUUAAGGAUGCUCUCUUACAGAUGUAGUGUGUGGGUGUGAAGCUGUCUGUCGCACAUCAGCUGGUUUUCUGUCACUGGUUUUCAACUAUUGAGCACCGAGAAAACGCGCGGCGUUCGUUUGCGAUGUCACUGCAGGAGUUUGUGUUUUUCAGGAUAAUUCCCACACGAUAAGAAGAGAUUUGGAUUGUGGGAAUGCGUGCAGAAACUCUCCUGCACUAAUACAUACACAUCGACUAGUGCUUCAAGGCUUUAUCUACAAUACAAUCUGAGCUCAUAAGCCAUGGCUCUGAAGCCCACCCUCGUCUUCAUUCUCUUUCUGAUUGGCUGCUGUGCUCUUGAGGACGCGCCCAAGAUUGCGGCCCCGCCCCCUCCACAUGGGUGUGGUGCUACAGUGGACCCGCCCUACAGAGUUUUGUGUGAUCUGGAGUCCGUGUGGGGCGUGGUGCUGGAGGCCAUAGCCUGUGGCGGUACCGUAUCCGCUUUGAUUCUGGCUGUAGUACUUUUAGCUAAGCUAAAAACAGUAACGGAACCGGAAAAGCGUUGUGGCGUUGGUCCUCUACUCCUCCUAUUGGCUGGAACGAUGGGUCUCUUCAGCCUAUCGCUGGUCUUCCUGGUGGGGCGUGGCGAGGUGCUCUGCAUGGUGCGGCGCGGGCUGUGGGGGGCACUGUUCGCGAUGUGUUUCUCCUGUUUGCUGGUGCAGGGAGUGAGGCUGAAGAAGCUGGCUGGAGGAAGGCGGAGCCCAGCAGGGAGCUCUCUUGCUGGAUUGGCGUUCGCACUCACUUUGGUUCAAGGUAUAAUUGCUGGAGAGUGGCUGCUGCUUACGGUGGUCCGUGAGGGACAUGCAGCCUGCGAUUACCUGCCUUUAGACUUUGUGUUGGUGUGUAGCUAUGCUCUAGCUUUGUUGCUAGCAGCCAGCAUGUUGUCAUUGGCUGUGGUGUUAUGUGGAGGGAGCAACAGAGAGGAGUCAAGCAGGAUGAGGAUGAAGUGGAGGUGCAACGCCGUCUGGCUUUUCCUCGCAUGUCUGUCAUCACUUCUUCUUUGGGUCGCCUGGCUCGGUCUCUAUCUCUACGGCGAUGCUGGCAUCACGACUGUGGCGAAGGAUUGGGAUGAACCGGCGUUAGCCGUUGCGUUGGUGACCGAGGGUUGGGUGCUGUUGUUAUUUCACGCGAUCCCAGAAACGCACCUGUGCUUGCGUCAGUCUGGUCAGAGGAACGCAGAAACCAGCCAGAACUACUACGACACUCCUCAGCCUCAGACGGCACAAAGUUACCAUGACGACGAGCGGCCAACCAAUCCCAGAGCUCCGUUCACAGAGAGUCAGGCGUACACUGUAGAGGAGCACAGUGCAGUUCUACAGACUGGAGGUUAUCACAACGGGUUAAUACGUCCCGCUGUCCCAUUCCGGAGUCACGUUUACCAGCCCACUGAGAUGGCCCUGCUCAUGAACGCAGGCCAAAUCCCAACCGCCCCUCCAAACUUCACGGGGAGGCAUCUGUGGUGAGAACAGUUACCAAGGCAAUAACGUCCUCUUCUGCCCCCAGAAAGGAUUGACUUCGGGUGAUUCACAGGGUCAAAAGGCACUUUAUUAAGGUUCCAUGUUAAUCAUUUGGAAAUGCUCCUCUAAUAAAAGAGCUGAUUUGAGUUUACGGACAUUUUCAACAUGGGAGCAGGCUAAUUUUGCACAUGUUCUAUUAAGUGCUUAAUACAAAAUAAAGGACGUGCUACAUAUUCAAUAUCACUCUGGUGACGUCUGUUUAGAUUACAGACAAAUCAUACUGAUGAGGACCUGUAAGAAUUUACAUAAACAAAGAUGUGUGAAAGGAGAGGGAGUGUUAAAGUCAACAUGAAACGCUGGUAACAGACCCAUUUACUUACAUAACGUGAUGCAUUUCUCAGUGUGAGAGAAUAAUUGUCAUUGAUUCAUUUAUUCAAUGUGAAUUGAUUGAGUUUUUUGGACAGUAGGGAAGAAAAAAGCUUAUUAUUUCAACGGCCAAUUUACAAAGAAACACGCACAGAUGAACUGAACAUAAAUGUGCACUAAGGAAGUAAAAAGAGUCUGUUAUUGUCAUGUUGACUUUAAAGAAAGAUUGUGUGAGAUUACUUUAUUUUCUAGCCUUAGAAAAUCUUCUGCCUGCAUUCCACUUUAAAUAUAUAAUCAAAAUCGAUCACUUUAAAAAACUUAUUAAAAUAUAUUUAAUUUAUUUAAAUUGUUUUGUAUUAAAUUGUUAAAUUGACAUCUACUUUUAACCUUUUUUUUAAUUCGAUCUUUCAGUUUUUGUUUUGAUAUCACGUUUGAUGUUUUUUCCAAACUUUGCACGCUUGGUUGUCAGUCUUUAUGAUGCAGUUGAUGGUAUUCAUCUAUAAAUUCAAUGCCGUGUUUGAUCUUGUAAGGCAAUACUGUGUAAUAAACGUGUCUGGAAGCUGCUGUGACGGUGCUGCAGUCUCACACAAUGAGACAUUUCAACAGGGUCAGUGGAAACGGCUGAAAUCGUUAUUUAUUCUGCUCGUGAUGUUCGGAUAUAUCGCACAGAAUCGUUGUAUUUUUCCCUAUACUUGAUGUCUAUAUUUGAAACAAAAUCUAAUAAACAUUC